UUUUCCUUUAUGUGACCCCUUAAGGUAUAAUUUACAAACAGCUGAAUGCACAAAUCACAAGUGUACAUUCGGCUUGGUAAAUUUUUAUUAUGUGUACACAUCUGAUACGGAACAUACUUAUACCCUGUGAAGUUCCCUCGUGCCCCCUUUACUCAGUAUCCUUCUCAGAUCUUUACUUUUGUCAGUGGCUUUGCUAUUGGUUAGAAAUAUUUUUCAUCAUUUUCAGUGACAUCAUAAAGGCAUGCCUCUCUGAAAGGUUUACACUUAAACUUUGUAGGUGAUUUGCAUUGUGUUGUUUUGGGAUUGAAAUAGCUGCCUAUCAGUGAGAGACUGACAGGGCAGACGUGAAGUGAACUGAAGUGAAGGCUAAUGCUGCCUUGGAAGGGAUGUUUGCUGGGGACUCAUUAUCUACAUGUUUGGAGACUGGGAAGUCUGGAGUGGAGGGGCCUGUGUCUGGCGAGGGCCUUCUUGCUGCAUCAUCCCAUGGCAGAAGUGAACAGAGUAUCUGUCAGGCAAGAGCUGCUGUGAUGGUUUAUGAUGAUGCCAAUAAGAAGUGGGUGCCAGCUGGUGGCUCGACUGGGUUUAGCAGAGUUCACAUCUAUCACCAUACGGGCAACAACACAUUCAGAGUGGUGGGCAGGAAGAUUCAGGACCAUCAGGUUGUGAUAAAUUGUGCCAUUCCUAAAGGGUUGAAGUACAAUCAAGCUACACAGACCUUCCACCAGUGGCGAGAUGCUAGACAGGUGUAUGGUCUCAACUUUGGCAGCAAAGAGGAUGCCAAUGUCUUCGCAAGUGCCAUGAUGCAUGCCUUAGAAGUAUUAAAUUCACAAGAAACAGCCCAGAGCAAGGUUACUGCUACCCAGGACAGCACUAAUUUGCGAUGUAUUUUCUGUGGGCCAACAUUGCCUAGACAAAAUUCACAACUACCUGCCCAAGUUCAGAAUGGCCCAUCCCAAGAAGAAAUGGAAAUUCAAAGAAGGCAACUACAGGAGCAGCAAAGACAAAAGGAGCUGGAGCGGGAAAGGCUGGAGAGAGAAAGAAUGGAGCGGGAAAGGUUGGAGAGAGAGAGGUUAGAAAGAGAAAGGCUGGAGAGGGAGCGACUAGAGCAAGAACAGCUGGAGAGAGAGAGACAGGAGCGGGAGCGGCAGGAGCGGCUGGAGCGGGAGCGGCUGGAGCGGCUGGAGCGGGAGCGGCAGGACCAGUUAGAGAGGGAGCAGCUGGAGUGGGAGCGCGAGCGCGAGCGCAGAGUCUCCAGUGCUGCUCCAUCUCCAGACAGCUCCCUGUAUAGCGCUCCACUUCCUGAGUAUUCCAGUUGCCAGCCUCCUUCGGCACCUCCUCCAUCAUAUGCUAAAGUCAUCUCAGCUCCAGUGUCAGAGGCCACUCCUGAUUAUGCCGUAGUGACUGCUUUGCCACCUACUUCCACACCCCCUACACCACCACUGCGACACUCAGCGACACGUUUUGCAACAUCUUUAGGUUCAGCCUUCCACCCCGUUCUUCCCCAUUAUGCUACAGUUCCUCGUCCUGUGAACAAAAACUCUCGACCUUCUUCUCCUGUGAACACACCCUCUUCUCAGCCUCCGGCUACGAAGCCCUGUGCCUGGUCUACUUCCAAUUUUUCGCCCCUCCCUCCAUCUCCUCCAAUAAUGAUUAGCAGCCCCCCAGGCAAAGCUACUGGUCCAAGGCCUGUCCUCCCUGUUUGUGUUUCUUCUCCUGUGCCCCAAAUGCCUCCAUCACCGACAGCUCCCAAUGGGCUGCUUGACUCUGUUACAUAUCCAGUGUCUCCACCGCCUACCUCAGGGCCAGCAGCUCCGCCGCCACCGCCACCGCCGCCGCCGCCGCCGCCACUGCCUUCCCUCGCAUCACUCUCACACUGUGGAUCUCAAGCUUCUCCUCCUCCAAGCACCCCUAUUGCCUCAACUCCCUCAUCCAAGCCUAGUGUUCUCCCUUCUCCCUCUGCAGCUGGCCCUGCCUCUGUUGAGACUCCUCUAAACUCUGUGCUGGGAGACUCCUCUGCUUCUGAGCCAGGCUUGCAGGCAGCCUCUCAGCCGGCCGAGACUCCAGCCCAACAGGGCAUUGUCUUGGGACCACCUGCACCUCCCCCUCCUCCCCCCCUCCCAUCAGGUCCUGCCCAGGCAGCGCUCCCUCCUCCCCCUGGACCCCCUCCUCCCCCUCCACUGCCUUCCUCUGGGCCUCCACCACCACCUCCCCCUCCCCCUCUUCCUAAUCAAGUACCCCCUCCUCCACCACCACCUCCUGCCCCUCCCCUCCCUGCAUCUGGAUUUUUUUCCGGAUCCAUGUCAGAAGACAAUCGACCUUUAACUGGACUUGCAGCUGCAAUUGCUGGAGCUAAACUUAGGAAAGUGUCACGGGUGGAGGAUGCCUCCUUCCCCAGUGGAGGGAAUACCAUUGGUGUGAACUCAGUGUCAUCUAAAACAGAUACGGGUCGUGGAAAUGGACCCCUUCCUUUAGGGGGUAGUGGUUUAAUGGAAGAAAUGAGUGCCCUGCUGGCCAGGAGGAGAAGAAUUGCUGAAAAGGGAUCAACAGUAGAAACAGAACAGAAAGAAGACAAAAGUGAAGAUUCAGAGCCUGUAACUUCUAAGGCCUCUUCAACAAGCACACCCGAACCAACAAGAAAACCUUGGGAAAGGACAAAUACCAUGAACGGCAGCAAGUCACCUGUCAUUUCCAGACCAAAAUCUGCACCCUCAUCACAGCCCAGUGCCAAUGGAGUCCAGACAGAAGGACUUGACUAUGACAGACUGAAGCAGGAUAUUUUAGAUGAAAUGAGAAAAGAAUUAACAAAGCUAAAAGAAGAGCUCAUUGAUGCAAUCAGGCAGGAACUGAGCAAGGCGAAUACUGCAUAGAGAAACAGCCUAUGGAGAGACAGGACUUUAAUCUGGAGAAGAAAUAUUCCUACGAACAACUGUUAACAGCAAACCCCUACAUAUUGUGAGCUCAAAAAAGAAAGUAGAGACAGAAGGAGGGAAAACCAACACGUUCUGAAGCCUUCAGAUAUGACUGGCAACAAGCUAGUUCCCUCCCAGUUUGCUGCUUUUUUUUUUUAACUUUUACAACAGGAUGGAAAAGAGUUGGAUAAGAGUUCCUAUGACAGUUACGCAGAAAAUACUAAACUCACCAGGCAAGAUCACCGUGCAAUGGAAUACUUUCAUGUCAAGAUAAAAUCGCACAUUUUCCACAAUCCAUUGGUAAAUAAAGAGAAGAAAGGCUUAAGAAGGUUUUUUUUUAAGAGAAUACUGAUACUGAUGAAGAAUUUAGCAAAUUAUGCUGUUGUAUUGUAAAUGUUUCUCUCAGGUUUGUCUUCCUAUCAUAUUUGAUAUUCCAUGAAUAAUUAAGAUCAGCCCUAUGUAGGUUAACAUCGUAAAAUGCGGAACAAGCAAUUGGAUGCGCUUUUGAAGGGUGAUAUUCAUAAGGAACUAUCCUAAAAUUUGUCCAGCUUGAGGAAUUUUAGAAUGAUAGGAAGUCUCUCAAGUUAGCCUUCAUGCAAUUUUGUAGAUUAAAACAUAAAUUUCAUCCAGAAUUUAAAGAUUUAGAUGCCUUCCUAAAUUGUUACAAUGCUUUACCAAAUCUAUGACUUCUACAUAACACAAACCAGUGGUCAAAUGUAAAACAGUAUAUUGUAGAUUUACUGUAGGUUUUCAACCUUUUUUAGACUUAUGCAUGUGGACAUUUUUAUAAUGUAAUUACAAUCACCACAAAUUGAGCUUUUUUAAUUGCAGGCAGUAAUGCAUGUGAUACUAAUAUGUAGUGGCCUUUUCAAGGCCUAGUCCCAGGGAAAACAUUUUGUAGAGUACAAGGGAGUGGGAGGAAGGGAAGGAAUAAUUUUUUAUUUAAUUUCUGCACUAUCUUUCUCAAUUACCUGCAUGAGUAAUAAUGAGGAAUAUUUUGUGACUUUAAUUGGUAAAUAUGUUAACGAAACCAAGUACUUAAUCUUUUACAUCAUGUCUUCAGCUCUCUGUAUUUUAACCAGUAAUUUCAAUGGUCUGAAACAUGAUCCUGAGCAUCACAUGAGCCAUAGCUCGUUGUGGAACUCAAAAAGUUUGAUCACUGAAUUUGGCAGUUACUCUUACCCAGGUGCCCCUGCAGUUACACAGGUAUUCAGGUGUUCCUGACUAUGAAGCUGCUUUGGAAUUUCGUUACUUUAAAAUGCAAAAAAUAAAAAAUAACAAUGAUGGCAGCAAUUAAGGUCAUAGAAAUCAUUAGAAAAAAGGGAAACCAAUGAAGAGUUCUGCAGUUUUCUUUUAGUGAAUAAAGGAAGACUUAGGUGGUGGGAAGAAGGAAUCAGAUACUCUACUUACCACCUCGUGUGUGCGUGUGCUGUGUGUAUGUAUUUCACACCUUCCUCUUUUCUUUGGAACUGGUAAGAUUAAAAUAGAAGAGAAAAUCCUGUAUGUUGCAAUGAUAGCUUUCUGGAAAAUUUAGGAAAUGAGGAAUUCUUCAAGCUCUCCAUCUUGAUUCAUGCUUGAGUUGUUAUGUGCCAUAUUUGCUUAGACAUCUUUGAUUAUCAAAAGUUUCACUAACAUUUUGAAGAAAUUCUCCACCUUCAUCUCUUAUGUAGAUUUCCUACAUCUCAGUUCAUCAGACAAAGCUUGUGGAUGGCAUAGUUCCCAGCCAGAACCACUCAAGGAAGUGUAAGUGAGGGAGGUUUUUUCCUUGUUAAAACAGUUCAUGUUUCUGUAGAAGCUUCACUUUCAGAUUAAACUGAUGGAUGAGCUAUCAUAAUUCAAGUGCACAGUUCUCUUUUCUAUCAAGUAUUCUUUGUCAUGCGGUAGUUGUAAAGGCAUCAAAGACGCAACAGGCUUAUGAAGUACUACUUUCUAAAAGAAAUAGGCAUUUUCAUCUGUAUUAUUGUACUUUUUGGUUAGGCAAACACUUUAAUGAUAUAAACAAUAUGUCCCUUAUAAAUCUGGUCAGAAAUCACUUUUGAUUUUGUUAGGUAAGUUAACUAGUCUGUAGUAGGUAGAGUACUGGGUACAAGUGGUCCAAAGUAAGAUAAAAGACUAAAAACAAUGCUAAUUCUUAAAGAAGAAACUGGUUUAUGCACUAAACGUUUUGUGCCUUGGUCUAUAUUAACAUGAUGUCUGUGUAAAAUGACAGAAACGAACCAGUGUUGAAUCACGCUGUUUUCCAUCCUCUUUUGCAUUAUACCAGAUUGCUAAAUGUAUUCUUUCCAAGAAGCUGGAUUGAAUUUAUUGUAUACAUUUGCUGUCAUGUGUGACAGUUGUGUCACUGUUAGAGAUUUCAGUAAUUAAAAUGGCAAACAGAGGCUUAAGUUAUUUUCCUUAUCAAAACUGUUCCUUGGAACCACAUGAUGAUGAUGGUGUUUGUGCUCUUGUACAUUGGAUGUCUUAAGCUGGUGCAGUUUAGGGGAUCCUUUCUAAUGACAGGAAGGUACCACUGUCCUCAACACUGUGAUCUGACCUGUGACAAAUCUGUACUAUACACUAUGUACAUGGCUAACAAGUCAACUGCAAACAAACUGAAUGUACACACCUUAGUGCUGGUGCUGAAAUCUCUUCAGAGUAGUCAUCAUGAUUUCAAAGAUCAUGUUUAAAGAUUUGCAAGCAUCAAGUGUCAAUCAAACUGAAGAUGAAAUACUAAUGAAUGUUGAGUCCUCAUGCUUUAGGUGUACUUCCUUUUUAGAUUUUUCAGUUCUCUGCUAUUUUACCGUAACUGUUUCAUUUAAAUUUCCUACACGCUAAUAACUUCGUUUGUGCGAUUGAAAUAAAAUUGCAGUAUAUA